AUGUUUUUUUCUGUCCUUGUUCUUCUGAUUCUUUUCAGUAAGUCGAACUUUGCUCGUGAACUUAUUGCGACUCAUAUACUAUUUCGUCAUGGAGAACGAGCACCCACAAUGUUAUAUCCAUCGGAUUCAAAUGAUAUAUCUUUUUGGUCCAAUGGACUUGGUUCGUUAACAAUACGUGGCAAAUUUCAACAUAUUCUUCUUGGUCAAUAUUUUCGUGAACGUUACUCAACAUUGUUGAAUUCUACUUAUGUAGCAUCUGAAAUUUUUGUUCGAAGUUCAGAUUAUGACCGAACGUUAAUGUCUGCCUAUUUAACAUUACUCGGUCUGUAUCCUUCAUCAAAGAUUAAUAUCUCAAUUGAUCAUUUCAUAACAACUAAUACUUGGCCAGAAAAUCUUCCAUGGCAACCUAUUCCUGUUCAUACAAUACCUAAAUCAAUGGAUCAUUUGUUAGGUGUGAGCGAUUGUGCCUACUAUAAAACACUAGUGGAACAAAUGAAAAAGAGUGAACGGAUUCAAAAUAUAAAUAAUCAAUUUCGAGAUUUAUUUCAAUAUCUUGAAAAGAAUGCAAAACAAUCAGUAUCGAAUUUGUUUGAUGCUUGGGCUGUUUCUGAUACUGUCUUAAUCGAAGAUACUUACAAUAUAGCACCAUCUUGGGCCACUCCAGCUGUUCUUCGUCAACUUCAACAAAUAUCUGAUAUAUCAGCGUAUCAUCUUAUGUUUAUGCCUGAAAUUAAUCGUCUACGCGGUGGUUCGUGUUAUUAUAAACAAAUAUUAAUGAUUAUAUUGAUUAAAUACAUCUUCUCAUUGACAGGUCCAUUAUUACGUGAUAUAUUGGAGAAUAUCGAAGACUUGAUAUUAAAUAAAACACAAGAACCAAAAGCUAAAAUUUAUUCAGGACAUGAAACAACAAUUGCGGCUAUUCUCUCAUUUUUGGAUAUCAAUUAUCCUCAUCAACCUCCUCUUGCUAGUGCACUCUUUUUUGAUCUUUACCGACAGGAUAAUCAUUCAUAUGGUAUUCAAUUGGAAUAUCUUAACACAACCAACGGUCGAAUAUCGCAUCCAAUUCAAUUACCUGGAUGUGAAAACGUUAUGUGUUCAAUCACAACACUAAAAAGAUUAAUUCAAGAACGAUUACCAAAAGAUAUGGAGAAGGAAUGUCAAAUUCAGACAACAAAUGGUAAAUGA